CUCUUGUUCUGCUGGCGAGAGUCCUUUGUUUUUCACUUUCCUGUCUGAAAUACAACCAAAGCUGCUGAGGAAAGUUUAAUUGCUCUUUGCUGCCGUCUCAAGUUGCAAUCAUGGCUACGAAAUUAGGAACUAAAGCGUUUUCGCUACUUAAAUAUUCUUCACCACAAAAUGUCACGCGCAUGCUCUCUCAGGCUGCCCCUGCACCAUUUGACAUUCAGCACUCCAAUCCAUUCGCAAAGAAAGUGGAUGCUGUUCCAGUUGCCAAAUAUGGUGGACGCCACACAAUUACCAUGCUACCUGGUGGUGGUAUUGGCCCUGAGAUGAUGACAUACGUUCGUGAAGUGUUUAGGUAUGCUGGUGUACCUGUUGACUUUGAAGUGAUUCAGAUUGAUCAAAAGAGUGAAAGUGAUGAAGACCUUGAAUAUGCCAUUACCUCAAUUCGUAGGAAUGGUGUUGGUAUCAAAGGAAACAUUGAGACAGGCAGUGCUAGACCAGGUGUAAUGUCCAGAAAUGUUGGACUUCGUAAUGAAUUGGAUUUAUUUGUCAAUGUUCUACAUGCAAAAUCCCACCCUGGAAUCAACUCCAGACACAGAGACAUUGAUGUUUUCAUUGUCAGACAAAAUACUGAGGGUGAAUAUGCUAUGCUUGAGCAUGAGAGUGUACCUGGAGUUGUUGAAAGCAUGAAGGUCAUCACUGAUGAGAAUUCUGCACGUGUUGCACGUUAUGCUUUUGAGUUUGCCCGCAAGAAUGGCCGUAAGAAGGUCACCACUGUACACAAAGCUAAUAUCAUGAAGCUGUCUGAUGGGCUCUUCCUUGAAGUAUCGAAGCAAAUGUCAAAGGAAUACCCUGAAAUUCAGCAUAGUGACAUGAUUAUUGAUAACACAUGUAUGCAACUUGUAUCAAAUCCGCAUCAGUUUGAUGUGAUAAACACAACAAAUUUGUAUGGAUCAAUUGUUUCCAAUGUUGUCUGUGGUCUUAUUGGUGGUGCUGGCCUGUUUUCAGGAAGGAACUAUGGUGACCAUUAUGCUGUAUUUGAACCUGGUACUCGUAACACAGGAACUGCCAUUGCUGGAAAGAACAUUGCAAAUCCUAUUGCAAUGCUCCAAGCAAGUGUAGACAUGCUGCAUCAUCUGGGUCACACCCAACAUGCCAAGAUGAUUGAUGAUGCAAUUUACAAAACAGUCAAUGAAGAUCGUAUCCAUACUCCUGACUUGGGCGGCCAGGCUACCAGCAUUGACGUAGUCCAGAACAUCAUUAAGUACCUGCAGCAGUCAACCAGGAAAAUUAACUGGCAAGAUACCAGAUCAUCAACUUUCUACUGAGAGGUCUGCUGCAUUCCCUCGAAGAUUUUUUCCUAGCAUUCCGGUUGUCCUAGUCGCCUUGAAGAUAAGUUGAGAUGUGUUGAGCACAAAGAUAUUGCUUUAAAAAAUCUGAGGAGCUAGGUCUUAAUUAUAUUGAUUUUAAGACAACAUUUUUGCUGCAAUUAGUAGUCUUCUGAAGACUGUCAAUUUUGUAGUUAUUUUAAUUGUACAGUAUUUAUUAUUCAAGACUGUCAGUAUUUAAUUUUUGGAGUUUAGAUACUUAGGAAAAUUUUACUCCUUGUAUCUCUAAAGAAGGAUAGUUACAGUUAUUCUUCAUUAAAUUAAGCCGUCUAAAGUUGGUUUUAGCAAAGCAGAAGUCAUUCCUCGCAUUCAUAUUAUUAAGUAAUUCUGUUGAUCAGCUUAUGUUUACCAAAAUUUAUUUUAGAUUAAAUAUUACCUUUUAAUCUAAUCUACAGCUCUCAUUGCUCAGAGAGACUCUGAAAAGAGUAAUUUGUACAUUGGUAACUCUUGUUUUAAUUUUCCAAAUAAAACUGAUCAGAUGACCUGGUGAA